AUGUUCAAGCACUGGUGGGUGUUGAACCAAGAGAAGCAACUGAAGCAUCAGGUGGUCGGGGCUGUGAUAGAUGAAGGGUUGAUCACACGGCAUCACCUCAAGAAGUGGACAUCCAGUGCACGUGCCAAUAUUACUUGUGGGGGGAAGAAAUGUGGAAAACUCCUGCUGCAGAUCUGGCUUGCUCAGAAAGAAAAGGCAGCAAUGGAAGUGGAAGUCCCUUCAAAACCAGUCAGGACUAGUGAACCACAGCCCGAAUGA